AUGAUUCAUUUUGACGCUCAUCCCGACUUGGCCUGUCCGACUUCUCAAUGUCCAGCAGUCUCCUGUUUUACUCCGAGGAAAGAAAUGACGCUCACUCGAAAGAAUCUUUAUGAACUUCUUGAUCUUUCCGAGACUGGCAUUGCAGAGUGGAUCAUUCCUUUGGUGGUCGCAGCCGAAUUGAAGACUAUAAAUUGGGUGAAACCAGGAUUCUCAUCUCAGUUUCCUUUGGGACGUCAUUUGUACAACGUUGGUGCCUACCAUGAUGAUGAUAAUGAUGCUAAUGAUUCAGCUCCAUCCGUGCAAUCAUUUCUCGAUCUGCCCGACACUGCAAUCAUCAAAACAGAUUUUGAUAUGCCAUACUAUCAAGACGAUGGAGCGGUUGUGGAAUCAGCAUCCGACCUUUUGCUUGCACAGCAACUGGAAUUGGUAGUGACCGAGCUUCCAACGACGCAAACCUUAUUAAAUCAUCGUGAUGGUGAUGAUGAUGAUAAUACGAAGAAAUGGGCGUUGGAUAUUUGUUUGGAUUACUUUGCCUGCCAAAAUCCGUUUCUGAGUGAUAUUGACAAGGUCAAUCCAGCUGUAACCAAAGCCCUGCUCCAAGUCAUGAGCGCAGCAGAGGUCGGUCCUGGCAGAACGAGCGCUGACUUGAAACAAUUGGUAGCCGCAAUGCUGGAAGAUGGGAAUUCCAUUCCCAACAUGGAUCCAUUGGCAAAAUACUUUGAUUCUGCAGAAACAGCAAAUGACCAUUUGACUGCUCUGAAACGAUUCACCGACCAGGAUUCGUCCUUGAGAAGCUUGGUGCUGAAAGCCAUUCCGAACUGGGACAUGCCGCACGACGUACCCAGCGCCGAUAAGGAAAAGAUCCUCGAAGCAAUCCGUGACAUGGAGGAGGCAUUAUCGAAGGAGGACUGCACCUCCCCACCGUUCCUCAUUACGAUUUGUCGAUCGUCGGACGACGAAUUCACGCCACCUUGGCUCGUGGAAUUCAUUCAGGUGCAAGUUCUAGAGUUACUAGAUCGGAUCUUUUAUAUCCGUUCAACAGGAGAGCCUCAAUCACUUUGCAUCGUCAAGGAUUAUGGAGAAUGGGAAGGAUCUACAAUAUGA